AUGGCAACCAUCAUCAAAGAAAAGUUGUCAGAACUUGAUUAUGAAUCAGAUGCUCAAACUUUGGCCAAGGCAACACGUAUCAUGAGACAAGAAAUUUUUAUUGAGGAUGGAUUUCACUUUAAUCGGGUAUUUCCCAGUAACUGCCAAAGUGCUUCAGUUCCUUCGUGUCUAAAAGCAGUGGUGUCAGUGAUUCUUAGUGGUCCAAAUAUAUUCCAUCAAAACACAACAGAGUCACAAGCAUCACUCACAAUAUCCCAGCUUAUCGUUUUUAACUCUAAUAAGACAUCGUCCUCACCUUUAAAGGGCCGACAUUCGCUUGACCGGGAGCCUCCUUUACCCAUGUACAUCGGAUUGUGCAUUCAUGCAAAUGUGAGAAGUAACAAGAUCAUCAACCAACUCUACCGCCGCCCGGUUAGCUCAACAGGAUAAGCACCGGUCUGGUGAGCGGGAGGCCGUAGGUUCAAACCCCGGCCGGACCAACACUCAGGGUCUUUAAAUAACUGAGGAGAAAGUGCUGCCUUUGUAAUAACAUGUGCAAACGGUUUGACUUUCUAGUCUUCUCGGAUAAGGACGAUGAACCGUACGCCCCGUCUCACAAGCCCUUGUACAUCUAAUAAAUCUGCGGGGCAGAUAAAGAACAGGUAAAGAACAAGGCAGGUAAAGAACCCACGCACUCUUCGUAAAGAGUAGGGCACGUACUGCCCGGUGUAGUGGUUCUAUCUCACUUUCACACUCAGGGUUUUCGGUGGCAUUUGGAAGUACCGGAUGCAGUGUUUCAGCUGGCGGACGUGCACCGUUUGCGCCACUGGCGCGAACGUUGAGUGCCGGAUGCACUAACUCCUAAGGGGAUCCGGGGGCAUGCCCCCCCCCCCCUCGAGAAACGUGUAAAAUUGGACUCUCUAAAAUGCAAUUUCCUGCGUUCCCUGGACCGAAAUGGGGUAACCGGAAAGGUCUUUUAAGGCGUUAAAAAAUGCUCACAAAAAAGAAAUAUUUGGCAAUCAUAAUUAUCAGUUUGCAGUUGUUCCUUUUUUAGUUGAUUCCAAAACGGACUCCAAUCGGAAAGAGUGUACGAAUCCCAGAGAACCCUGCAAAGCUGCGGCAAAAUAGCUCUCUCUUAAGUGCUGCACGUCUAGGAUUAAUCAUUAUUCUUAGAUACAUAAUACACUUACUGUCAACUUGUCUUUUCUUCGCCGAUGGCGCAAAAAAAAUCGCUUAAACUUUUCCUUUCGGUGAGAUGAUGUAAAAAGAUUUACAAAUGAAAGGUGAGAAAGACUGAUUCGGACAGAUGCUCUCUGAUCAAAGGUCAGGGUCAGUUGUCGGGCGAAAUUGUCUGGUCAGUUAUCAUAGCUACGUAGCGGGGGAGGGGGGAAGGGAUGGGGAAUGAUGAAUAAUGAUUUUAUUAUACAUGUGUGUGACAGGAAUUCUCUCUUUUUUACCGAUUGUAUGCAUUACAUAACUAAGUGAGUAAAAUAAGGGUCAAGUCUGUCUUUGGUUAAUAAAUGGUAAAAAACGAUUUUCACACUUAAAGAAUAAUUAUUUCGUGUGAACUACCGAAUGUUAAAUGUCAAACAACCGGACGUUGCGUCCGGCGUCCGGCGUCCGGCCUGAAACGAAACCCCUGCACACUCAUGUAUGGGGGCAUCAUUACUCUCUCUUUCAUUACUUGUAAACUGCACCUUAGAAGUCUGGCAAAGUCCCCCAACCAGUGUUGUAAAUUAUCCCUGAAAAGCCCUGAGGGGAGUGGAUAGUAUGAGAUUUACAUGUACACUAUGCCUACUUGGCAUAAGCGUCUCGUAUGACAGGGUAGAAAAUUUAAUCAAUGGCCUAGCCUCCACCGAGUGCAAUCGAUUUAAGCAGGAUGGGGUGGCUUGCCCACUCAACUUAAACCAUGGCCUUCUUAAACAACUUAAACCUUGGUGCCCUGGACGAUAUAGACCACAACCCUUCUUCAACUACAGCACAGGGUUCGUUCCAUGGCACAGGAAUAAGUCUUUUUCGAAUCCCAAGCGACACUGUCAUCCAUCACUCGUCCUGUAUGAAAGCUACAUUGGGACAUAA